UUCGACGCUAGACGAACAGAAAAAACUUCUUGACAUUUUAUUUGAUGCUAGUAUUAACGGUGGGCUUUAUGCAGUAUUUCAGGCAAGUCAAAAAAAAAAAGAGAGAAAAAAGAAGCAGAUAAAAAGGCUGAAUUUUGAGCCAUGGUGUGAUAGUACUAGUAUAGAGAAAGAGGCCCUUUGGUGAAUGUAUUAUACUUAUAGCAAGAUUCUAGAAAAAGUCAGUUGUCAACUUUAACACCUGCUGCCAUGUUCUUUUUUGGUUCAAAGGUGGAAGGGAUUACGAGAAAACAUAAUUUAUGUCUUAUAGGUUUGUUGAAAUAAAAGGUUGGGUUCACUUUGUUUUGACGUUUUAAAGGAAGGUAAACACAAGUGAAGGAAGGUUAAAAAAUAUUCUCAAGAAGUACAUGGUAUUUAAGCUGCAGGAAACUUAUUCAGUUAUCUUUUCAUAUUACAAAGUUAUCAAAUAUUUUUGUAUUAUAGUCAACCAGCUAUAAAGGUAUGAAUGAAAAAAAUACAAAUGAGGUAGAAUGGGCAGUCAAAUGUGAAUAUUGUGACCGUAAGUUUAAAAGAAAUGUGGAUAGAGACAGACAUGCAAAAACGCACACAAAGAAAACAACUCUACCAUGUGGAAUUUGUGGUAAGGAGUUUUAUUAUAGACAUUUGGACUCUCACAUGAGGAUACAUACAGGUGAGAAACCUUUCAGUUGUGAAGUAUGUGAUACUAAGUUCACCCACAAGUCAAAUUUAAAUAGGCACAGAAAACUUCAUGAUAAAACUGUUCAGUUUAUUUGUGUUGUGUGUGGUAAACCAUUUUUGUCACGUUAUGCCUUAGGUCAACAUUGGAAAUACCAUAUUGGUGACAAAUCAUUUAAAUGCUCUAUUUGUGGUAAAGGAUUUAGUGAAAACAAGGAUUUGAACAUUCAUAAAAGAAUUCACAGUGGUGAAAAGCCUUAUAAAUGUGAGUUAUGUGACAAAAGGUUUACACAAAUUGGCCAUCUUACAACUCACAAGAGAACACAUACUGGAGAAAAGCCAUAUGUAUGUACUGUUUGUAGUAAAGGUUUCACUACUAAUUCUUCCCUCAGCACACAUACCCGAAUUCAUACAGGUGAGAAACCUUUUGGUUGUGAUUUUUGUGGCCAUAGGUUUACAAGGAGUGCUAAUCUCUUGUGUCAUAUGCUUGUUCAUACAGAUGAAAAAAAAUUUGAAUGUAAUAUUUGUGAGAGAAAGUUCAAGGACAAAGCAUCUUUGAAAAAACAUAUAAAAACCCAUUCAGGAGACAAACCCUUCAAAUGCGAUACCUGUAGUAAAACAUUCAUGUCAAAGACGUAUCUAUCAUCACAUAGAAGAAUACAUGCUGGUGAAAAACCUUACAGAUGUGAUGUCUGUAGUAAAAAUUUCUGUGAUGACUCCAGCUUACGGAAGCACGCCAGAAUGGUUCAUAGAAAUGAUGCUAUGUUUCAAUGCAGUUUAUGUAACAACAAAUUUUCUCAAAAAGUUCUGCUGAUUAAUCACAUGCCAGUCCACAGUUGUGAAGAAGGACCAUAUAAGUGUAAUACAUGUGAAGAUAUUUUUGAAGAUAUUCCAUUAUUAGUAAAACACAUAAAAUCUCAUACAUUAAAAAAACAGUAUGUGUGUAAAGUUUGUGGAAAAGGGUUUUGUUUUUAUGGAAAACUUGUAUUUCAUAUGCAAACACACACAGGUGGAAGACCUUUUCAGUGUAUUAUAUGCAGUGAAACCUUUGUGAGAGUUUUGUAUUUGAGAAAACAUAUAGCUAAACGACAUGGGGAUAAAGCCCUUUACAAUGCAUAUGCAAAUUCUAAUUUCAAUGAUGUUACAGCUGCUGUAGAGGAUUCUGAAACUGCAGAAGCUUCAUUUACAUCUGGAGAAAAUACAGAAGAAUUACCAAGUGAAUUAGUUGAACCAAUUGUUAAAUUAGAGAUCAGGGAUGAUUGUUAUCAAUGUGAAUAUAAUAAACAAGGUGAAGAUUUACAAAAUUAGGCAGCCAAAAUAUAAGAUUAAAUGAUAAACAGUGGUAAAAUGAACUAAAAAGUGAGGGGAGGGGAAUUAAUAAGGUAGAAGAUAAAGUAUUUUCCUCAAAAAUUAAAUAAGAAAAUUAUUAUAAACCAGAUAACUAAACUUAAUAAUUAGAAAGAAGAGUCUAGAUUACCCAGUAAAGAAAAUUAUCAAGGUUUCUCAGUAUUAUGUAGCUUAACAUAGAGGUGAAGCUACAUUUAACAUUUCGAAACUUAGCAUUACAAGCUUUUUUUUAUACAGAAGUCUCCUAGAGUGGUGUGAAUUUAUAUUGCAUGAUGCCCUGAACAAAAAGGCUUUUUCACAUUGUUCAUUCUAUUGCUGGAAAAGCACUCCCAGUAAGUUUUUGAGGAGUAACUCAAGUACCUGAAUAUCCUGAACUAUACACAUACACACAAACCCUCAGUCACACACAUAGUAAUAAACAUUUAAAUUAAUGUAACAGUAUAUGUAUAUUAAACACUUUCAUUUCAUGACAACAUUUAUCUAAACUAUGAUUUCUUUAUCAGUUUAUAUGUGGCGUACUCUACAUGUUAUACUGUAAAAAUCCAUGAAACUAGAUAUUAAAGACCAUAAAAUGUACGAACAUAUUCAAAGAGCUUAGAAGCAAAAUGCCAGUUCUGAGGAAACAGCUGCCAAUGGCAUCAUAUUACUGAAUAUGCAACAUUUUGACUAUAAUGUCCUAUUUAAUGCAAAGAAUUUUGUCCAAGAAUAAUAUUUAUUUUGUAUUAUUUGAAUAAGUUCAAUUUUUUAAGUUUUAAUAUAAUUUGCAAUGGUUUCAUUUAAUGAAAUGGCCACUUGAUUUCAUAGCAUUUUUUGUGAAAAUUAUAGGAUAAAAGAUUUUCUCAAAAUGGUAAAGUUGUAUAUACCGGGUUUUGCUUCUAAGCUCUUCACACACAUGCACAUAGAUAUGUACAUAUAUAUUUAUACUCCAAUUUAUUUAUUUUUCACUCUUAAAAGUACCUUAAAAGACAGGGAAUAUGGUGGAUCAGACAUUUAUGGAUUGUGAUAUUACUAACUUUUCAAAAAUGCUCUGAGUAUGGUAUGUAGGUGCUGUGUCUACAAAACAAUGCACUUAAUGGAGAUACAGUGAAUACUGUAGACUUAAAUUUAUAGAAAUUAUGCAAACAAUUGGGUCAUCAAUGCAUUGUAUUUCACUUUCUCAAUUUGGAAAUCCCAGAAAUUUUUGUUUUUCAAUGUUAAAUAAAAGCAGAAUUCCAAAGUUAUAUUCUACUUUUUAAUGUGUGUUUUGUGGGACUGGGAGGGCACAAGUUGAUUUUUCUACAAUUCUGUUAAUUGGAGAAGAAAAUGUCUACAUUCUUGUAUUAAUGUGACAUUCUGUUUUGUCCAUAAAAUGUACAGAAUACAUUCUUAACAAGGAACAUAAAUUGCAUGUAAAAAGUA